AUGCCAAAACUGAAGCUCAAGAACAAGACUUUGUUCAAGGAAGCUUGUUUUGUCAAUGGGGAUUUCAUUUCAGCCAAAGCGGGCAAUGUCUUCAAUGUUACUGAUCCUGCGACUCAAAAGAUUAUCGGCAAAUGUCCAGAGUUUUCUCAAGCCGAUACUGAGAAAGCCAUCGAGGCGGCAGCUGCAGCUUUUCCUGCCUUCAAAACCUUGACAGGCCGCGAGAGAGCCCGGUUGCUGCGAAAAUGGUUUCAGUUGAUUAUUGAUAACAUCGAUGAUCUUGCCCUUCUAUUGACAUUGGAAAAUGGUAAAACAAUAGCCGAAGCAAAGGGAGAAAUUGGCUUUGCGGCAGGAUUCGUGGAAUAUUACAGCGAGGAAGCAGUCCGUAUCUAUGGAGAUACUAUUCCAGCUUCUGUGGAUGGAAAGAAGAUUCUGACUUUGAAGGAACCCGUUGGUGUCUGUGCAUUGAUCACUCCAUGGAAUUUCCCCUCCGCCAUGAUCACUCGUAAAGCCGCACCUGCACUUGCUGCAGGUUGCACAGUCGUCAUAAAGGCCCCUGGAGAGACUCCAUUCAGUGGAUUGGCUCUCGCUGAGUUGGCUAGACAGGCAGGGUUUCCCAAAGGCGUCAUCAACGUGAUCACAGCUUUAGACAAUACCGUUGAAGUGGGCAGCACUUUAACGCGCUCCCCGCUCGUGCAGAAGGUCUCAUUCACGGGAUCAACCGCUGUUGGCAAGCUCUUAAUGGAGCAGGCCUCCUCAACUAUGAAGAGGGUCAGCUUUGAGCUUGGAGGAAAUGCGCCACUGAUUGUCUUCGAUGACGCCGACGUGGACCAAGCGGUUGAAGAAGCAAUCGCAAGCAAAUUUAGAAGUUCGGGGCAAUCAUGCGUCUGUGCCAAUAGGUUGUAUGUGCACGAAAGCAUUCACGACGAAUUCGUCCGCAAAUAUGCAGCGGUUGUGCGACGAUUCAAGGUAGGCUCGGGAUUAGGCGACUCCGUUUCUCACGGUCCGUUGAUCCAUGAGCGUGCAGCCCAAAAAGUUCAUUCUCACGUCCUAGAUGCUGUUGAGAAAGGAGCAAAGGUCAUCGUGGGAGGCGCCCUGGUCCCGAGUCUCGGCCAGAGCUUCUAUCUGCCUACCGUCUUAACUGGUAUGAAAGCCAACAUGCUGCUGGCGCAAGAAGAGACAUUUGGGCCUGUGGCUGGGAUAUUUUCAUUCAAUUCCGACCAGCAAGUAGUUUCCCUUGCGAAUGAGUCCGAUGUAGGCCUUGCCGCCUACUUAUUCGGCAAGGAUGUUUCCCGACUCUGGAGAGUAGCGGAAGCAUUGCAAGUGGGAAUGGUAGGGAUCAACACUGGCAUAAUCAGCGACAAUGCCGCCCCGUGGACAGGAGUCAAACAGAGCGGAAUUGGCAGAGAAGGAGGAAAAUAUGGCAUAGAAGAAUACCUUGCGACUAAAACGAUCACAUUGGGUGGUUUGGGAAGCCACUUGAAGUCUAGAAUAUGA